AUGGAAGACCAAAUAGAAGAGAUGGAGCUUAAAGCAGUGAACAUGAGGCGUACAUUCACCCUAAGAAAUAAUGUGGCGCGCCAAGUGGCUGUCAAUUUCAUGCCAUCAAGGCAAAUUCCCUAUGGUACGUUGCGUUUGCGGCGCACCGCUUCUGAGAGCAACGUGUUGCUGGAGGCGGCAGGCGACGAGGUAGACAAGCAAGCGGAGAUCAUAGUCCGAGAGAUGGAGCAACAGCAGAAGCUCAUGGAGGACAAUCCUCUCUCCGAGGAGCUCAGGAGGGAGGCGCUACGCGAUCUACCACAGGGUCUGACGAUGAAGAGAAACGUGCGCGCCAAGCUCUCCGCAUCCGUCAGCCUCCGCUCCAAGCACAGGCCGAUAUCAAUGCGAAAGCGGCUCAAGUAUAGGAUCAGCUUCGCUUGGAAGAAGGGACGCGACCGCAUCAGCGAGCUGGUAUUCUCCCUGGAGCUGUGGUACGAGGCCAUAAGGCACGUCGAGGGCCACUUCGGGUCCGCCGUGGGCUCCUACUUCCAGUUCCUGCGCUGGCUGUUCGCCCUGGACCUGGUGCUCUGCACCUUACUGCUCUGUCUGGUGGUGGCGCCGCAGAUAGUCCACGACGGCCGCACCCGGAAUCCCAACGAAACCACCAGCCUCAGCGUCUUGGACUUUGUCAGCGGGAAGGGUGGUUUGGAGAACAGUCUGCUGUUCUACGGCUACUACCACUCGGGCGAUAUCGCCGCAUCAGGCCUCACCUAUAACAUGCCGUUCGCUUACUUCUUCACCAUGCUCUGCCUCUACUUCUUGUUCUUCGCCGUUCUCUGCUACAGGACGGCCUACUCCUAUCGGCGUAACUUCAUCGAGAUCUCCGGCGGCCUUAGCAACGUGUACGCGACGAAGGUAUUCUGCGGCUGGGACUUCGGCAUAGUGUCGCAGACUGCGGCCGCACUAAACGCUUCCAGCAUCUACAACGAGUUCAAGGAGCUGUUGGGCGAGCAGAACAAGAAGCGGGUGACCAAAUCGUUUCUGACGAAGCUGUGGCAGUGCUCGGCGAAUGUGGCCGUUACGGCUCUGGUGCUAGGUUUCAUAUUGGGGCUGGAGUACGGGCUGUGGCUGCUGUUGGGCCUUAAGACGGAGAUGCAGUACUGGGAGGUCUACGUGUCUCUGACGGUCACCCUCAUAGUGGCUGUGUGCCCUCUCAUCUUCAAUCUCGUCGUCAGGCUGGAGUACUACAAGCCGCGCACCGCGUUCUACGUGACGCUGGCCCGCACCGGCCUCCUGGACGUGGGCACCCUCACCCUGAUCCUGCUGUACUGGGCCAGAUCUGGAGAGGACUGCUGGGAGACGUCGAUGGGCCAGGAGGCCUACCGGCUCGUCAUAUUAGACGCUUCGAUUUCUUUGUUCCUGCUGCCGCUUGUCGAGUUCGCCAGAGGUCUCGUUUAUAAAUUGAACCCUAACACGUCGCCGCCAGAGUUCAGCAUCGCUUACAACUCGCUGACGCUGAUCUACAACCAGGCGGUGCUGUGGUACGGCAUGCUGUUCUCGCCCUUAUUGGCGGUGGCCGUAACGCUCAAGUUCCUGCUGCUCUUCUACGUGAAGAGGGAGUGCGCGUUGCGCGCCUGCCAGCCGGCGAGGAAGGUGUGGCGGGCGGCCCAGACGCAGACGGUGCUGUAUAUGCUGGUCACCCUUUCUCUGUUCAUCAACCUCUUCGUGGUUGGCAGUCAAUUCAUGAGCGCUUCCUCUCGCUGCGGCCCCUUCGUGGAUUACGACACCGUCUACUCGGUGGUGGGUGAGGGGGUGCUGCAGCUGUCGAGGCGCCCUGGCCUCCAAGCGACCCUCGCCUUCGCCACCAGACCUGGCGUCAUCGCGUUCCUGCUCCUUGCGCUCUGCGUGUGUGUGCACUACACGCGUGCGCGUGCGCGUGCGCAACGCGCCAUGGUGGGCGUGCUACGGCGGAUGUUGGUUCUACAGGCAAGAGACAAGGACUUCCUGCUAGCCGCCAUCGACAAGGUCUCCAAUGGAGAGUGGCUGUACAGCCCGAAGGGCGAGCAGAGCGGCGACAGCCACACGUGGCGCUACCUGCAAGAGGUCAGGAAGCCGUCGAACGCCGGCUACCACUUGGAGCCCCGCCGCCUCCACCCCUUCCAGCAGCCCCAGCGCCACAGGCCUUCCGGCGACGGGGACACCGACAGCUCCUUCAGCUGGCAGGGCUCCGGCGAGGAGCUGCAGCCCUCCAGGUGGUCC